CAGCCUUUCUUUCCGCACCAACGAUCUUGGGACCGUGACAGCGUCAACACGCAUGCAGAACGUCAGUGCCGACGGAGCCGAUCUGUGCAGAGGUCCGUCCCAGCGGCGCCACGGCGUCCGUCCCGGUGCCCACGCUCCGGCGGUCGCCCACGCGAGCGAAGUCGAAUGCACCGGCGAUUCCGGUCCGCCGAAAAGGGGAAAAAGGACGGCUAGGAACGGGGCUGGCAUCGCUAGGAACAAGAAGCUAGUAGAAACAAGUGCAUCGCUACUAGGAACAAGGGCCUUACUACUAGGAACAAGAAGCUAGUAGAAACAAUACAUAAGGAGGCAAAGAAGAUUUGGGACCUGCAUGACCUGGAUGGUGCUUGGAUGGGGUUGUGGUUUCUCCGAAUGAUGCUCAUUCAUUGUUUUGUCCAUGAAUAUCUCAGAAAGAAUAAGCUUUCGCUGUGGAAUCGUCCGAAAGAAUACAUUUUGCCGGGAUGACAGCUCUUUACGAUGAAGUCACAGCUGUUGUUUUCGCAAAAGAAGCAAGCUCAGGUCGGAUCUUGCUUUCGAGGUGUAGCAUUCAUGAGGUGUUGGACCUGACUGGCAGGAAGCAGUUGGAGAUCUUCGAAGAUCAAGCCAGUGUGGAACUGGCAGAGGUGAAAGGUGACUUGGAACGGGCCAUGAAGGCUCAGCAAAGUGCGGCCCUGUUGUCUACGGCAGCACAAAGGAACCUCUCGACGUUCACAGAGUCUUUGAAGUCCAUCAGUGAGGACAUCGCUGGUGGCGUCAAUCCUCGACAGCGGUGGACGGAAUUGCAGGAGGCGCAGGCAAAGCGCACGCCAACAGCGCCAAAAGCCAAGCCCAAAACCGUGCGGCGGCCCUCCAGGGGAAGCCAAUAGCGGCUAGGCUCAAAGAGGCAGGGAAGAGCCCUGCGCUCGAGGAGCAGCCUCGUUCUGCGUGGAAAA